CUUCAUUUAUGCACAUAGUACAAAAACCAGCAUAACAAUAAGUUUUAGUUACGCUUCUAGCUAUCACUCGAAUACAAACAUACAUAUGCAUAUAUGUGCAUUCAUGUAUGUAUGUAUGUGUGUAUGUUUCGUGCUUACAUAUUGCUCUGGCAACAGCUGAAGACGUUCGUCACCAGAUAUCCCAUUGCGCGUGGCAUGAUCUCGUAUAGCCUAAUAUGGCCCACGGGCAGCCUGAUACAGCAAACAUUUGAGAACAAGAGCUGGGGCAACUAUGACUGGUGGCGCGUGCUGCGCUUCAGCCUGUACGGCGGACUGUUUGUGGCGCCCACGCUUUAUGGCUGGGUUAAGGUUUCCAGCGCCAUGUGGCCACAUACAUCACUGCGCCAUGGUGUUGUUAAGGCGGCCGUGGAGACCAUUUCGUAUACGCCGGCAGCAAUGACCUGUUUCUAUUUCAUAAUGAGCCUGCUCGAGUCCAAGACAAUACGUGAAGCCGUCGCCGAGGUUGGCAAGAAGUUCAUUCCCACCUACAAGGUUGCGCUGGCCAUUUGGCCACUUGUGGCCACCAUCAAUUUCUCCCUGAUUCCGGAGCGCAAUCGUGUGCCUUUUAUCAGUGUAUGCAGCCUGUGCUGGACAUGCUUUCUGGCUUAUAUGAAACACUUGGAGCAUCAUGAGGUGGAUCAAGUUCUUUAACUAUAUAUUGUUGUCGUACUAGUUUUAAUAAAACAUGAAAACAAA